GCCUUUUCCUUUUUUUUUUGUAAUUGCAGUUUUGUGUUUUUUCUUUUUCUUUUGUAUAUUAAUUAGGAGAAUGGAAAACUCUACACCCACCUGGAGACUCAGUCAAAAAGAGCAUGACGACUUGGAAUCAGCGGCAGAUGCGACGGUUCUGGUGUUGUUCCUACAACGAAGUCGCAGCAUCAGGUGGCUCAGAACUUGCUGGCGCAAGCUGGCGUACGAUCUGAUGGCCCUGCUGGCGGGACUCCGCCCUGUUAUUCUACUGGACUAUGUUUUUGCCUCAAGUCCAGAGAUCGCUAGCCUGCUUCAACGGCUAGCGGAGGAAUGCUGUCAAGUUCGUCGUGUGGCGUUCGUGCACAUGAAGAAUUGUCAUUACCUGCUCAACACAGCGCGACUACGUGAUCUGGACCCAGCAGCUCUUGUCGGACAAGGGUUGAUGAAGUUUGUCGUGCUGAAACGGGGGGUGGAAGCGAAGAUUGCAGAGCAUGAAGAAGCUGCGUACUACAAGAAUCAUCUUGUGAAGAUCUACUGCUCUCUUGUCCGUGGAAUUGUGGGACGAGCGCCGCCAAUCCAGAUCCAGCAUCCUGAAGUGGCCGAUCCUCCUCCUCCUGAUGUCGGCAGCAUUGGCGGCCUCGACCACUGUGCUGCUGGGCAAUUUAUGUCCAAUCAAAUGUCUUGGAGGGGCAAUCCUGCGACUCACACUCAGGCGCUGUUUGGUUCUCCUAUUGCUGCACAAUCCAGGCAUAAUGACUUGUGGACAGCAACAGCUUCGACUUCUUCCUCCCCUCCUUGCUCCCAUUCGAAAGAUCCACUGCCAUCAAAUGGCCGCCCCAAUUCGACGGUCGAUCCGGCAAGCUCCCAAACAGGCGUGUUCGGUGCCUCUACCUCAGACUCGGUUAUUGCCGCUGCAGAAGGAUGCUAUCUACACGACAUCUUCACGUCUGACGAGAUUCCGCUGCCGACAAUCAAUGGCAUGUUGCGCCAUAGGUCGUGGCAGACACAAACAACACCCGUGGGACCCGAGUCACAUACCAUCAAGGAGAUUGACAAGUGAGAUGACAGUUAAGCGAUAGGAAAACAACAAAGGCCAAGAAGCGUU